UACAUUUCCCUCCCUAUGGUAAGUAUACGUUUCCCUCCCUGUAGUAAGUAUACAUUUCCCUACCAAUAGCAAGUGUCCCCCUCACUCACUGCGAGUCAUAUACCUUGUAAUUCCCUCUGUGGAUAUGAAAGAAAAAGAAGUGGAGAGACAAAAACAAUUGAAAACAGAAAAUGAAGAACAAGAGACAAGGAAGACAGAAAGAGGAAAGGAAGAAGGAAAAGAAGAUAAGGAAGAAGAAGAGGUAUACUUAGCCGCCCUCGAGACAAAAAAACAAUCGGAAAAAGAAAAUGAAGAACAAGACACAAGUAAGACAAAAAGAGGAAAAGAAGAAGGAAAGGAAGAAGAAGCGGUAUUAAUAGCCGCCCUGGAGACCUGCGGGCGGCGAGGGCCCGGGUCGCCCCUCGUCGCGGGCGGACGACUCGCGAGCAGACGACCCCUCCGGCCCACCAUGGCGACGCUGCUGGUGUGCCGCGUCAACGUUAUCUCGGCCCUCAAGACCUUCUGCAGGACCUAUGGCACUUCUGCGAUCCGAGGGGCACAGUUGCAGUCACAGUACCCCAAAGAAGUCAAGAUUGUCGAAGUUGGCCCUCGGGAUGGACUGCAAAAUGAAAAGGCCCUCGUGCCAACAGACGUAAAAAUUGAAUUUAUUAACAUGCUGUCUCGAGCUGGACAUAAGGCUGUGGAGGUGACCAGCUUUGUAUCUCCAAAAUGGGUCCCACAAAUGGCAGAUCACAGCGAAGUGUUAACUGGCAUUAAACGUUUUACUGGUGUCUCCUAUCCUGUACUGACCCCCAAUCUGAAGGGAUUUCAGGCUGCAGUAGCAGCAGGGUGUGAGGAAGUGGCGAUCUUUGGAGCUGCCUCGGAGACAUUUAGCAAAAAGAAUAUAAAUUGCAGCAUUGCCGAAUCCUUGCAAAGAUUUCAAGCUGUAAUGGACGCUGCAAGGGAGGCUGGGAUUCGUGUUAGGGGUUACGUCUCCUGUGUCUGUGGGUGUCCCUACGAAGGCCCUGUCGAUCCCAAGGCUGUUGCAAAGGUUGCCUUGGCCAUGUACGAGAUGGGUUGUUAUGAGAUUUCCCUCGGAGACACCAUUGGCGUUGGGACUCCUGGCAGCAUGAAGAACAUGUUAGAUGAAGUCCUCAAGGUCCUCCCAGCUGAGGUUUUGGCUGUCCACUGCCACGACACAUACGGCCAGGCGCUUCCCAACAUCCUUAUUGCCCUUCAGAUGGGCAUCAGUGUCGUCGAUGCUUCUGUUGCCGGGCUGGGAGGAUGCCCAUAUGCAAGCGGCGCAUCGGGCAACGUUGCAACGGAAGAUGUUGUCUACAUGCUCAAUGGCUUGCAAAUCGAAACAGGGGUAGACCUUGAUAAACUGAUCGAUGCGGGAAAUUUCAUUUGUACUGCUAUUAAGAGGCCAAAUAUGAGCAAAGUGAGUUGUGCCAGAAGCAAAUGUUAGCAAGUGACUCAUCAGUUUUGUUGGCACCAUAGGUACUUUUUUUUUUUUCCUUUUUUUUUUCCCUCCUCAAGAUUGUGACAAUAUUUAUUUUCAAGAUUAAGGUGUAUAGAAAUAUUGUAGCAAAGUGUGAAUGUCGAAUGUGAAGGGAGUUGAUAGGAAACAUUUAUUUUUUAUAGAAUUUAGGUUUUGUAAUUAGUUUUGUAUUAAAGGAAAAAGAAAGAAAAAAAAAAAACGUUUUGCAAUCUUUGCAAAUAAAACGAAGUUGAUGUUGAUCUGUACUAACAAUGAAUGUAUAAAAUACUUCAGAUUUUUUUUUUUUAAGAAGGGGUAUAGAUUCCCAUUCGUUGAAAAUAGAAAUAAAAAUGUCUGUAGUCAUUUUUUUUUCUGUAAAAUUAGGGUAUAUCUUCAAUUACUUAACAGUUGUUGUGUUCAUGCAUAAAAGUACUCAUGAUUGGGAAGUCUCCUUCAUGCAUUUAUAACCCAAAAUAGAAAAAAAGGUUCAUGAAUAUGUAACCUUGAUGAAGACACUUUUGCCAAGGGUAAAACCAAAAAAUUUGGUUUGGAUGCAUUUUGUUCCUUUUUGAAACAUUACAAAUCACUGACCUUUUUGAUGACUAUUAUUAUUGUUAUCAUUAUUAUUAUUAUAAUAAUAAUUAUUUCUUUAUCAUCAUCAUCAUCAUUAGCAUUGCCAUUGCCAUAUCACCAUCCUUGUCGUCAUGAUCACUUUGAAGUUCAUCCUCAUCCUCAUCUUCAUAAUUAUUAUUGUUAUUAUUAUUUUUAUAGAAUUAUUAUGAUUCUGAUUCUGAUUAUUAUUAUUU